GGGCAUACUAUGAGCAAUUCCAGAGGGACUUCUCGACGUUCUUGGAGUGUCGUGGGCAAGAGUUGGUGAUGGGAGGGCGUAUGGUUUUGACCCUCCUGGGUCGAAGAAGCGACGAUCCUUCGAGCAAAGAGUGUUGCUCCAUUUGGGAGCUCUUGGCUAUUACUCUCAAUGACAUGGUCUCCGAGGGACUUAUAGAAGAAGAGAAAUUGGACUCCUUCAACAUCCCUCAGUACACGCCCUCACCAAAAGAAGUACGAUUGGAAGUUCAAAAGCAAGGCUCUUUCUCAAUCGAUUGCUUAGAGGUGUUUGGAGUGAAUUGGAGUGAAAUUGAUUCAGAUUUCGACCCUAAUGUUGUCUCGGAGGAUGGGGGAUACCAUUUGUCCAGGUGCAUUAGAGCUGUGGCCGAGCCCUUGGUCGUCCAUCACUUUGGGGAAGAGAUCAUCGACGAGGUCUUCAAGAGGUACAAGGCUCAACUAGCCGCUCACAUGUCCACGGAAAACCCCACGUUCGUCAAUGUCGUCAUUUCACUGAAGAAGAUCGCCUAGAUAAGUCACAAAAGUUCACGAAUAAAUACAACUACAGAUGUAUGUUUGUUCUAAUGAAGUUGAAAUAGGAACGUGUCAAGUGUGUUUACAAUUAUAGUUUGAAGAAGUUGUGGCUGUUUCACCUGUGUGACUUCAUAUAUCUUAUCUUGUGUGAAGAAAAUGGAAGAGACUUCCAA